GGCCAGCAGAGCCCAACCCAAACCCAGUGCGAAGUGUGCUAGAAUGGAAAAGGAUACGUUUCCUUUGGGUUUUGGGUGGGAGAGACUGGGUCUGGGACAGAGCUGAAAACGAAAAAACAACGAGAGUUGCAGAGAGAAGAAGGAAGAAGGAAGAUGAGUGAGACAAGGCCAGUUCCUAGGAGAGAGAGUCCAUGGGGAUUGCCAGAAGGAGAGCAUCGACAGCCCAAGGCUCAUCGUUGCAACGAUCGAGCUGAAGAUGUUAUCCAAGCUUGUUUUGAGGGAAGCCCAUUUAAGACAGUUCCAGGACCUUUUAAGCUCUUUUGGCAAUGCAUGCGCUCUAAACCUGGGGAGGAACCAACAGAACCAUACAUGUAUUUGCAGCUGGAUCCACCAAAGAGAGGUGACGCUUGAGUGAAGUGCCAUUUAAUGCAUUUUCUCUCGGAUUUGGAUCCCUGUCUCCAUAACAAAUGUAUAAUUCUGAAUGCUACUGAUAUAAGGUUCUUUUCUGUUUAGCAAUAAGCAUGACCAAGAAUUUUUGGCAGUACUGUUGUGUAGACCAUCGUUUAUUAUUUUAACGUGUUGGUUUUCUAUCA